AUGUUGCUGUUUUGCACCCUUUUCAUCGCAGCCGCGAACUUGCUGCAAUUCGCAGCCGCUCAGCGCGUAUUCGCGCAUGUCAUUGUUGGCAACAAUGGCGCGUACGACAAGGCCAGAUGGGUCAGCGAUAUUCGCCUCGCCCAGGCGGCCGGCAUCGAUGGCUUUGUGCUGAACAUGGGAGCGCCCUGGGCUGGCACCAUCGAGACCCAGGUCAGCCUGGCUUUUCAAGCCUCGAAUGAGGUCGCAAAUGAGUUUAAGCUCUUCUUUGCGUUCGAUUAUGAGGGUGGAAAUGGGCCCUGGCCUGCUGCAGAUGUGAGAACGGCGCUGACGGCUUACAUUGAGAACUACUCGUAUGCGAAGCAUCCAUACACCGCGUCAAAGAACACCGGCAAAGCGAUUGUAUCUACUUUCGAGGGUUCUGAUUAUGUGGGCGACUGGGCUUCGAUCAAGUCUCAAUUCUCUUCACGUGGGAUCCACUUCAUGCCAGAGUACACGAGCCGCGAUCCCAACUGGCACCGCAACUACCUCAGUACCAUCGAUGGUGUCUUUUCCUGGAACUUGUGGCCCAACGGCCCCAACAACAUGCCCACGGAUCCCGCUACUGACCCUGAUGUUGCAUGGAAGGGCGUGACCGGCCAGUACAUGAUGGGUGUAUCACCCUGGUUCUUUACCGACUUGCCCCAGUACGGAAAGCGACGCCUUUGGCGCGGUGACGACCUCUGGCACCAGCGUUGGGAACACGUUUACGACAUUAAGCCGCAGUUCGUGCAGAUUGUGACCUGGAACGAUUUCGGUGAGUCACACUACGUGGGCCCCAUAUUUGAUGCCGGCAUUCCGGACGAGCCUGCAGGAAGCGCGAAGUGGUAUGUGAACAACAUGCCACACGAUGGCUGGCGCGCUUUGCUGCCUCAUUACAUUGCGACCUACAAGAACGGUGGCGUCGAACCCGCUGUUACCACGGAGAAGCUAUCUUAUUGGUAUCGCCUCUACCCUGCUGCUGCGAAUCCCAAUGGCGUUGUCUGCAACGCACCAUGGCAGACGACGUAUUCACCUGCGACUUGUGUCCAGGACAAGGUCUUCUUUACGGCAUUAAUCAAAUCGUUGCCUGCCCAAAUCAGCGUGCAGAUUGGCGGCAACAGCCCGACCACCUUCCAAGCCACCAAGACGGGUCUGAACCACUUCUCUCGAGACUUUAAUGGACAGACAGGUGCGGUCACCGUCAAAAUUAUCCGGAAUGGUGCAACAGUCGUUCAAGGAUUGGGCAAGGAGAUUUUGUCAAGCCCAGGAUCCAGCCCAAACAACUACAAUGCUUGGGUCGGAAGCGCAUAA